CCCGCGGCCGGCUUCCCUCAGCUCCUGUCCUGUGAUUGGCUGCUGUGUGCAGAAUGAAAUUGUACAGUAUUGUGAUAUUAGAGGGGCUGCAGUGUUCCUGCUUAAUACCCAGCAGCACCAUGAACACAGCCCUGCACAACCCCCUCAAAUCGCUGGGAGAGGACUUCUACCGGGAGGCCAUAGAACAUUGUCGCAGUUAUAACGCACGUCUGUGCGCAGAGAGAAGUAUGAGGCUGCCAUUCCUGGACUCCCAGACUGGUGUGGCCCAGAACAAUUGUUAUAUCUGGAUGGAAAAAACACACAGAGGACCAGGCUUGUCACCGGGACAGAUCUAUACGUAUCCUGCUCGUUGCUGGAGGAAGAAACGGCGGCUGGACAUAUUGGAGGACCCUCGUCUGAGGCCCUGUGAGUUUAAGCUUGACUAUGAGAUUCCUAUGAAAAAGGAAAGCAGUUUACCGGAGGGACCCGUCUUAGAAGCCUUACUAUGUGCAGAGACAGUGGACAAGAAGUUGGAACUCAAAGAGGAGGAGAUAGUUAGUGACUGUCAGAAGACACAGGUGGGAGAUGUCCCACAUGAAAUGGAAGGCGAGGACCUGGAAGAUGACACGCCAAAACGCAAGAACAGAGCAAAAGGAAAGGCCUGUGGGAUUGGGGGCAUGAAAAAAAGACAGGAUCCUUCAACAUUAGAAGAUCGAGACAAACCCUAUGUGUGUGAUAUCUGUGGGAAGAGAUACAAGAAUCGGCCCGGCCUCAGCUAUCACUACACCCAUACUCACCUGGCUGAGGAAGAGGGAGAAGAGAAUGCUGAGCGAUAUCUAAUCCCUUUCCAUAGGAAAAACAACCACAAACACUUCUACAAAGAGCUGAACUGGGUGCCAGAGAUGCAGCCGCGACAUACAGUAAAGAAAGCUCCUGACGGCUCGGUCAUUGCCAAUGGUUAUUGUGACUUCUGUCUAGGAGGGGCCAAGAAGAUGGGAUGUCCCGAGGACCUGAUCUCCUGUGCUGACUGUGGGCGUUCUGGUCACCCCUCAUGUCUACAGUUCACCGUCAAUAUGACAGCCGCUGUUAGGACUUAUCGUUGGCAGUGCAUUGAGUGCAAGUCCUGUAUUCUUUGUGGAACUUCGGAAAAUGAUGACCAGCUGCUCUUCUGUGAUGACUGUGACCGAGGUUAUCAUAUGUAUUGUCUGAGCCCACCAAUGUCGGAGCCCCCAGAAGGCGACUGGAGUUGUCACUUGUGCCUGAGACAACUGAAGGAGAAAGCAUCGGCCUACAUCACAUUGACCUAAAGCCAUUGGAGGCAGAAGAUCACUGAUGCCCUCAGACUGGUCUUGCUUAUUCCCAGAAUCCUCUUCUAUCAUUUCAGCACUAUGGUCCUUCCCCCUGCUCAGCGUUCUGAGCGGUGUAAAGUAGUUUGAUUGGUUCGGCUGUGUAUUAAUACUAUGAAGUACUUACAUUCUGCUCCUAUUUAUUUCUCUGCUACUUCUUUAUCUCUGAUAAUGGUCCGUUCCCUCCUGACCCGUCCACUACAGCCCUGUGGCCCAAAGAGAUCGAGCCGCCCUGACCCCUUCACUUUUAAGUGUUCUUUAGUUCGCAGGUCCGCUGCUUUUGAAUUAAAGGGGUACUCCGUUGGAAAACAUUAUUUUUUUUUAAAUCAACUGGCGCCAAAAAGUUAAGCAGAUUUGUAAACUGCCUCUAUUAAAAAAAAAUCUUAAUCCUUCCAGUACUGAUUAGCCGCUGAAUACUAGAGAGGAAACUCUUUUCUUUUUGGAUUUUGUUUUCUGUCUGACCACAGUGCUCUCUACUGACACCUCUGUCCAUUUUAGGAAGUGUCCAGAGCAGGAGAGGUUUGCUAUGGGGAUUUUCUCCUGCUCUGGACAGUUCCUGACAUGGACAGAGGUGUCAGCAGAGAGCACUGUGGACAGACAGAAAAUAAAUCCAAAAAGAAAAGAAUUUGUAAUA